AUGUAAAAGGCUGGAUUAUAACUAAUACCAAACCCUCCGGCUGUUUGCGGGUUGUCAAGCAGCUUUUACACAGAUUAUAAAUUGCGUAAUGUAUUUGGAUGCCCGUGUGAUUGUGUGUGUUCAGUCAGGGCUGCGCGUUCCACCUUUUGAUCUCUUAAGUGUCAAAUCGGGUUAGUCGACACCAGACAUCGAUAUUCGAUGCAAAAUCCGCUAAUUAUCGAAGCAGAGCGUUAAACCUGUAUGGGCGAUUCAGCAGCUCGUAAUGCGUUUAUGUCUCACAGAGAAGAAGAGCUGAAGAUGUCAGGAGAAAGUGUAUUGAUCAGCCAUAAUUAGAGGUUAUUAAUUGAUCAGGUGGUCUUCUUGUCUGUGAGUACAGCUAAAGGAUGAACAAACACACUUUCUCUCUUGUCUUUCUCUCGCCUCAAAAAGGUAGAUCUAAGCUUCUUCCAUUCUGUUUGGUGCUUUGGUUUAGCGCCUACGCAUCCUACACACACACAGACACACUCACACACACAGACACACACACACACACACACACACAGAGAACCGUUCACUGAAGAUUUGAACAAACAGUCCACACACUCCGAGGAGACCAGGGUUGUACAGUGAGGAGGAGCUGCCUCGACAAACAAAAGGACGCGGGGAUAAGUGCGGAAACAAGAUGAAAGCUUCACUGUUGGCAUGGCAACCACCAGAUGAUCUGCAUGGCGAGGUUUGAUGUUUGGCGAGUUGACGGUGGAUUCUGGGUUGGAGACGGAGACGUGGAGAAAACCGGUUUGAUCCAGCAGAGCUGCGCUGUGAGCCUUGUGCAGGGUGGUGAUGAGCACUCAGGGCAGCGGCAGCAGGGGAAGUGGCCAGCAUGCUGACACUCCUCCCCCUCGUCACGCCCCCGGACCCAAGCUGCAGGUGCAGCGUUCCCUCUCUCGUGACACCAUCACCAUCCACUUCUCUGCUCUGGGGAAAGAGGAAGACGACGAGGAAGAGGAGCUCUACGACGUGCCUCCUGGAUCUGCUGGGGCUGAAUCUGAGCUCGAUGGUGCAGGGGGGCUUCAAGGUCUAGCAGCUUCAGGGGCUGAUGACCAGUCCGUCGCCACAGGCUUGGAGGCAAAAGAGGAGCUGCUGUUUGAAUCUGCGGGUGGCGAGACCUCCUCUGGAGCUGCUGUGCUCCCUGUUUCAUCCACCACCUUGUCUGUGCAACCGUCAGACCCACACACACCCUCUCCAGCCACGACUAUUAUCCCCAGCUCCACGCAGCCCCACCUGAGCUCCACCCCUCCUGCCAGCUCCUCCUGGCCCUCUGAACGACCCUCUGCCAACCCCCCAUCCACGAGCUCCAGCUCCUCCUCCCCUUGCAAGUCUGCAGCGAUGUCCUCCUCCAAGCCUUUCCUCAGCCUGGUCAGGUCCUUGUCCAAUGAUGUCGAGUCUCGAGAAACCGCUGCCGCCACUGUUACGCCAUCGCACGCACGGCACCGUCACUUAAUGAAAUCUUUUGUUAAGUCUCUUUCCGCGGACACGUCGAAGGCUGAACAUCAGGAAGGGCAUCUUCACCACUAUCUUCAUCACCCCCCUCAUCAGCAACAGCAAGUACAGCCAUCCCAGCGGCCUCCACCUCGCAACAUGCAGCUUUUUAAACAGUUCUCCCAGCCCCGCUUAUGCUCCAGCCCCGUCAUUGUCCCACAAGCAGGCGGAGACUCCAAAACAGCGCCCUGUUCCCCCAUCACGUCCCCGGAUGGCAGGUCUUUCUUCAAGGUCCAAGAGGUGGAGGCCAGGAUAGAGGAUACCAAGCGACGGCUGUCCGAGGUGAUGUCAGACCCCCUGCAGCUUUUUAGUAAGAUCAUGGGGGAUGAGUCUGGCGUGGGAUCCGUUGCUACUCAUCGGGCCAAAUCGCUGUCCUCGAGUGCGUCAGAGCUCAGCGGAGCGGUAAACGGACACACAGAAGGUAACAACAACUAUAGCAUCAAGGAGGAGGAAGUGGCAGAAGAGGAAGAAACCCCCACCGGGAAGGGACCUGACUCUGUUUUUUUCUCCUUUCCGUCACUGGGACCGGCCCCAGCCCUCACCCAGGCCUCCUCGUUCACUUUCCCCAAAUCCCCUUCCCUCACUCUGAGCCGCUACUCUAUGUCGGCCCUGGUAGCUCGACAGGAAGACGAGGACUUCUGUGAACUUUACAGUGAAGACUUUGAGUUAUGUACCGAUACAGAAACACCAGAUGGGGACCGCCCCGUGUCCCGGCAGCCCCAUACUGGUAGCACUGGGUUGUGUAGUGAACUUGACUCAGAGGAGGAGGAGGAGAAAGAGGAUGAGGAUGAGGAGGAGGAGGAGGAGGAGGAGGAGGAGGAGUUGGAGUCCGUGCCAGUGACCGGCCUCAUCUUCCUGACACAGUUGGUCUUCUCGUAUAUAGUCCUUCCAGUGCCACCAUAUGUAUGUGCGGUGGUGCAUGGGAUAGUAGCUGGGUUCAUGUUGGCCUUGCUGGUCCUCUGGCUGUCCUCUCCUCGACGCUCCUCGUCAGCGACGAGAAGAGGGAGGCGGAGGAUAAAGCCCUGGAAUGUGGCCCAACUGGAUAUCAAAGAACCGGGAACCUUCAAGGGCUGGAUGAAUGAGAUCCACAGUUACGACCCGGAGAUGUACCACGCCACCCUGACCCACUCCGUUUACGUCCGUCUAGAGGGCUCCGUCCUGCGUCUGUCCAAGCCCAACCGGAACAUCUCCCGCCGUGCCACGCACAACGAGCCAAAACCUGACGUCACCUACAUCAGCCAGAAGAUCUAUGACCUCACGGACAGCAAGAUCAACCUGGUGCCCCAAAGCCUGGCUAGGAAGAGAGUUUGGAACAAAAAGUACCCCAUUUGCAUUGAGCUGGCCAAGCAGGAGGACUUCAUGUCUAAGGCCCAGGGAGAGAAGCCCGAAGCUGGCGAGGAGAAAUUAACGGGCCUGUGUGAGAAGCUGGAACGAACGGACAAAUGCGAGAAGGUUGAGGUAUCGGGAUCGGCAGAGGAACCCAAAGGGCCAACCUCUGGAGGGGGGGAUCUGACAAUCUACUUGUUUGGGAGGACGGGGCGGGAAAAGGAAGAGUGGUUCCGGAGAUUUCUCCUGGCGUCCCGAACGAAGUCAGAGGGGAGAGGUGGAAGUCUGCCUGGCAUCUGCAAGAGUGCCUUCUUGUCCUCCUACAGCCGCAAUAGCAGCACCCAAUCUGGCGGAGGCCUGGAGGCUGACAGCAGGAGCAGUAGCCGGGGAAGCCUGGAGGAGCUGUCUCAGUCUCGCCACAGAGAGACCUCCUGUGGCUCCGCUGGAGGGAUGAAGCAGAAGAUGCUGUUGGACUAUAAUGUCUACAUGGCCAAAUAUAUCAACCCCCAGGCAACACAGAGAAGCCCGACUGCCACCGACAGCCCUGGUCCCCAAAGCCCCGAGAGCAGCCCCAAAGCUACAAAAAAGGUACGCAGGACUUCCGAGGAGCCUGUGGAGCCUGUGGAGCCUGUGGAGCCUGUGGAGCCUGAGGCCUGGGUCAACGCUUUUGUGGGAAGGAUGUUCUGGGACUUCCUGGGAGAGAAAUACUGGGCCAAUGUAGUCUCCAAAAAGAUCCAGAUGAAGCUCAGUAAGAUCAGGCUGCCAUAUGUUAUGAACGAGCUGACUUUGACAGAGCUCGACAUGGGCUUUUCCAUCCCUAAGAUCCUCCAUGCCUCCAAACCCUCUGUGGACCACCAAGGUCUGUGGUUUGAUCUGGAGGUCUCCUACACGGGCUCCUUCCUCAUGACGCUGGAGACCAAGAUGAACCUGGCCCGUCUGGGGAAGGAGGGCGAGGGGCUCGGGGAGCACGGGAAAGAGGGGCCACGUACAUACUGUCUGGCAGACAGCGAUGAGGAGUCGUCUAGUGCCGGCUCGUCGGAUGAGGAGGACCCCCCAGAACUCCUCAGUGACAAAGCCAUUCUUCCUGGAGCCGAGGGCUACGUGGGAGGCCACAGGCCCAGCAAGAUCAUGCGCUUUGUGGACAAGAUAGCCAAGUCGAAGUACUUCCAGAAAGCCACCGAGACGGAGUUCAUCAAGAAGAAGAUGGAGGAGGUGUCCAACACGCCCCUGCUGCUCACCGUGGAGGUGCAAGAGUUGCGAGGGACGCUGGCUGUCAACAUCCCACCUCCCCCCACAGACAGGAUGUGGUAUGGUUUCCGGAGUCCGCCUCACUUAGAGCUGAAAGCACGACCCAAACUCGGCGAGAGGGAGGUCACUUUAGUUCAUGUGACGGACUGGAUUGAGAAGAAACUGGACCAGGAAUUCCAGAAAAUAUUUGUGAUGCCAAACAUGGAUGAUGUAUGGCUACCCAUAAUGCACUCUGCCAUGGACACGCGUUCAAAUGCCAACUUGGUUACUGUGACAAAUGAUGCCUUGAAGGACCCAGAGCCCGAAGAGUCUGAGGUCUCUGACAUGUGAAGACUGCUGUCAAAGUGGACAUCUUAUCGCCAUUGUAAUGUGACAAGUCCCCACCCCUCUCAGAGACCCUCGGGUGCAGCAACGUGCCGGACCAACUCUCCAAUCUUUUUACCCAUGUUCCAGUCCCACUGUUGCACCACCGGUGAAGUGCAUUCACAAGACCGGAUGUGUUGGCAAGCUCGUAAUCAUCUGUGGCAACCAAAAGCAGGAAAACGGAAGAAAAUUGUGACUUAUAGAUUGUCAUCCAAUGGCACAGCUUUAUUUGUGUGACAUCAAUGUUAUGAUUCAUCCUCUGAUGAAAUACAAUACAUGGGGCAUGUCGAGACCGUUUAACGAAUGUGUGUGUGUGGUGGUGGAUCGACAAACAGCCAUCAGAUUCAACCAGAAGAACCAUAAUACCUGUGAUGUACAGCCGCACCAAACAUUUGCAGAGUGUACGUUUUUCGGUGACCGUUUCUAAUCUUUUGAGGGAAUAAUUCCUAAAAUUUUGGCGAUGGUUUUGCUGAAAGCCCCUGCAUCUAUUGACACACAUUUCACAGGGAUAUUAACUCAUUGGUCACCCAUCCACACCGCUGCCUGUGCCAGUCGCCCGGCACCUUUAUGCAAACAGAUCAAUGGCACUGUGUCCAUCGAAGACACUUGGUCAGUUUGAAUCCGCUAUGGACACCGUCGUAACGUACAGCCUGUGUGCUUUUAACCGUGUAGUCGAGAUUAGAGCUAAAUCUGACGUUAGAGGGGCGAAUUACAACAUAUCUGCGAACACAGCAGCUGAACAUUACCUAGGUCUGAUGAAUGUAAAAAUAGGAAUGCAGCUCCCUCGCUGUGCAAGGAAUCAUUCAUUCACUGACGACGUGCUUCUACUCAACAUGCUUCAAGACUUCUCUUCAUGUUAUAUUUAGAGCUGAGCAAAAGUAAUAAUUUUCUGUUUUUAUUGCCAAAGCAAUCUUUCAGUCCUGUCUGUCGGCUGCUGUAUGAGGUGAAUGGUGACAAAUAAGCAAUCGGAUGAUUAUCUUGUGUUCCUGUUGCGGCCACUCCAGUGAUGGGCAGCCGAAAGUUUUGGCAGCAGGAGACUGAAACCCUUUUGAGAAUACAGUUACACACAAAACUAUUUUUGUGUGUGUAAAGGGUGGAGAAACACACCCACCCUUCCUGUUUUAUUUGAAUAAACAUACUGGAUAUUAGCCAUAUUAUUUAAUGCUGCCAGAAUACAUCCAGCUAAUGAAUGCUCUUUGUUGUUGAAUUAUUCAUCGGUUUUCUUUCUGUACUGUACACAUUGAAGAGGAAUAACAUUAAACUAGAACAGCAACUUUGUAAUCUGCCAAGACGCCCGGCUGCUUUACAGGCGACUAUUAUUUUACAUUCAUGCGUGUGUGUUGGCAAAGUGUAUGAGGCAGAAAGUGCCUUUUAAAAUAAACAUUCCUCCGUAGUGCCACCACAUCUGUUGCAUCAGUCGAGGAUAGAAAGUGUUUGUGCCAUUACUGUGUCUGUCAAGACGUGCCCUUUGUUUUCACAGGUUUCAGUGUUGUUCAUUUGCAGUGAUGAAAAUAUCAAACGUUGCUGUUGUGUUCAGUGAUGUCACAGAAUGUUCUGAUCGUUGUGGAUCAAUAAAACCUUUUGCUUGGACA